UUUAAGCGAUUCAAAACCAUUCGAUUUUUCAUUAAAAGAAAAAUUGAAUAAUCUGCCUGUAUAUAAUAGAGUUAAAAUUUCAAUGCAUACGUGCAGCAAUUAAAUCGCGGUUACAUUAAAUUACGAUAUUUCCAUUGAUAUUUCCAUUACGCAUUCAAAGCUCGUUCCCGAGAGGAAAAUGGAGAAAUACGCGAAUUAAUAAUUAUCUUAAGUGUUGCUAAUGACUAUUAUAAAAUAAAGCGCGAAAUAAUACACGAUCUUAUCUCGACGGUUUGAAACAUACGCGGGACAUGCGCAGAGAAUAUUCAACGUUUUUUUUGAUGUUAACUAUGUACGUAUUUCGUAGUGUGGCCUAUUGUAGUGUGGCCUAUGUAGUGUGUCGUGCUCGGCUCAUUGUUUAUGUUUGCGUUUAUAUUGCGUGCUAUUGUGUACUCGCGUGAUCGUUACAUUCUCAUUCGCGCGGCGAGUUGCCGUUCCGCCGGUGUCGUCUUAUUAUCAUCCCUUCAAAUACAAUCAUUUCCAGCGUUAACUACGUAAUCAACGAUUAUAAGAUGUCGACGGUCGACGUACCAGGAUUUGCGCGCGGCGGAGAUCGCGCGGCUGGAUGUAGGUUACGAAGAGGAGAGCUACACGCAUCGUCACCUUGCGCGUCGCACUUGCGUCGCACUCGUUCUCUUCUCCGACUCGCAAUUCAUAUAUACAUUCAUUCGGGGAGAUUAGAUCUACCGUUAGACGCGAAUCAAAAGAAUCGGCCGGAUUCGGCUCGACGAAAUUCGAGCGACUUUCGUCGCUUUGAAUUCGGAAAUCCCGUUCUGGCCGCGUAUACAUUAGAUUACAUUACGUAUAGACGAGCAGGAAAGUACUGGUUCACGUUAGGCUUGGGUAGUUUGCAUAAAAACAGUCCGAUGCGGACAAAAACCCUUCUCCGGAUUCGGUUUCUGAUUCGAGCACGAAAAAAUAAAGUAGAUCACAAAAAUUGACUUUUAAAAAUAAUUA